GGCUCUAAAUCUAUACACGCCAUGAGCCGGAAGUAAACAUGUCUGUCAACCGAAGAUUUUGCGACUCGGCUUAUUGUUUGUGUUAAUUCUUCUUAUAAAAGGAAACAAAGACCAAGAAAGUACUAGAUAUGGAGACUACACAAAAUCCUUCUGAACAAAGUUCUUCAGAGCGACCGUACAGGAAUCUUAGGGAAUACACAGACCAGCUUCAUCUAUGGCUGUAUCAGUAUCGGAUGUGGAACUCGAUGCAGUCCUUCUCUACAAUGUUUCCAUUAAUGUUAAACCACUGUACCGGUCCCCAGCUAUCAUUUCCACACAACAACAAUAACAAUACCGCGACGCAUACUGCAACUAUAGCACCAGAUUCCACCACAGCAGCGAACAGUACCAGAAGAACGACACAAUUUCAAAACCAAAGAGUUGGAUCUUUGUAUUCCCUACCACCUCUGUGGAAAAGAGUAGCAGCAGAAAUAAUUGAUUUUGUUGUGUUGUUCUAUCUAAAGAUUAUGAUGACAGUUCUGGUAUUACGACACAUGGGGUAUUUAAGAGAUGAUAAUUUAAUUGAAGUUCCUCUGGACAUUAUGCCGAAGUUUGACUUUACAGAAAUCACAGAGAUGGAUGUUGAAAAAGCAUUUAGUUUUACCUCAGAACUAAUAGCUUUAGAAAUAAUGAAUAGAAUAAUGAUAACAAUUUUUGAGACUUUGUGUUUAUGUAAAGGCAUAGGCGGAGCUGUAGGAGGGGCUACACCAGGCAAGAGAAUGCUGGGAUUGAAAGUUGUCUCCUGUCUUCAUGUCACCUCUCAGCCACAUGGAAGGGUCUUAGUGUGUCCAGCAAAGGAUAUUGGAUUCUUCAGUGCUUUAGUGAGAUCGGUCAUCAAGAACUUUACAAUGGCCUUCUUUUUCCCAGCAUGCCUGACUGUGUUUAUAUUCCAACACAACAGAGCCGCUUAUGACAUUUUGGCAAAAACCAUAGUGGUUGAUGCUCGGCCACUUCAGAGGCAUGCAUAAUAGCCAUGGUUCUGGUGUGAUUUGUUUUGAAACGUAAACUAAUGUUCACUGGUGAUUUGUUUUGAAGCGUAAACUAAUGUUCACUGGUAGAAGGUCAUACAUAAUUAUUCAUUUUAAGAUUUGAUUGCACAAAGAUUUUUACCAAAUCUUUGCAUAUUCUGUUCAUUUUAUCAGUAUGUUUUUUCCAGAAUGAAAUAUUGAAAUUUUGAACUUGUCCUCAGUAAAUUUGGAAGUGAUAAAUGUUAUUUUUUUUUAUUUGUAUUGGGCACCUGUUACCUAUAUGAAUAAAAAAAGAUAUUUAUAAUUGUGAGCUGUUUCUCAUGCAAGUUUGGGAAAUGAAAUGCUAUGUAUUUCUACAUUCUAUGCUGUUUCAAUGCACUUAUAUGAUACAUGGUACAUAUGGUUAAGAAUCCAGAAUAAAUGGUUCAUAAAUUAU